AUGCAGCCCGUGAGGCGGGAGUCUCUGUCACCCCCGCCUCCCAACACCAUCACGUGGGAGGAAUACAUCUCGUCAGAGCCGGGAAAGGCCCCUCACCUUGGCCGAGAGCUGGUGUGCAAGGAGAGCUCCAAGAGCUUCAAGGCCACCAUCGCCAUGAGCCAAGAGUUUCCGCUCAGCAUGGACAUGCUGCUCAACGUCCUGGAGAUCAUCGCUCCGUUCAAGCACUUUAACAAGCUGCGUGAGUUCGUUCAGAUGAAGCUUCCUCCUGGGUUUCCUGUGAAGCUGGAUAUCCCUGUGUUUCCGACCAUCACGGCCACCGUCACCUUCCAGGAAUUCCGCUCCAUUGAGGAUCUUCCAGAAUCCAUGUUCCGGAUCCCAAGCGAAUACCGAGAGGACCCCAACCGCUUCCCUGACCUCUGAACCCGACCACCCAGUGGCUGUGCCCACUGGCCCUCGGCUCCAACAGAGCGCUGUGCCAGUCCCUCCCUUGUGCAGGCCUCUCUCCCCUCCCCCAUGUUGUGCCUCCCUUCCAUACUCACAGCCUCCCCUGCCUUCAGGAUGUCAGAGCGCUGAUCCUGCCCUAAUGCGUGACCCUGCCACUGCUGCACGCUGGGGAAGGAUGCCAGGGAAGGCCCAGAGCUUCGAGCUUUGACUUCUGAAGCCUGUGUGCGGCCCUCGCUGAUGGAGCUGCGGGGAAGCGUUUGUGCUGUCCCCCGACUGUGAGACCUCUUUCAGAAUUUCUGAACCUGACCGUGUGAAACGUGAUCAAACUUGGAUUUAAAACAUUUCCAGGAAUAUACAUUUAUUUUUCUGUUUUACAUUAUCAAGCCAGUGCACAUUAUUUGCAUCCGGUGUGAUACAAAGUGGCAUCUGAAGACGGGACUAUAGUAAAGCUGUUGGAUAAUCUUUGCCUCCACUCGGAGUUAUUAUCACAAGUACCUGUUAAUGUUUCACUAUGGGCUUUCUACCAAUGGCUCACAUGGGUUAGAACUGGACUAACUAAAUUUUUUAAACUUCUGCUUUCAUAUACAGAUUAUCAAACACCCCUUAGUUGUUUGCCACCCAGCCAUGGUCAGUGACUGUGCAAAAUAGUCGUUUGUGUCGUAAUUAUAUUGGCUGAACUUAGUUUUAAAACAAAUAAACGUUUGCGUCAAUUACGUGCUGCAGGAGCAAUUAAGACACUUGAAGGCCGAUGUGAUGAUGCUAAUCAAUACCAGCAAAGAAGCGCGUAGUUUCACAACUGCAGCUUAGUUGAGGCUUGUCUCAGCAGAGAUCUUAAACGAUGAAGGCCAGAACAGGGUUCAGCUAUUUUCAGUGUGGUAAGUAAAUUGAAUUAUGGUACAAAAUGUUAACAAGACAUUAUAUAUAAACAAGAAACAAUGCCUUUGGAAAUGCUGAAAUAUUAGAACAAUGUAAAGAAAAGCUUUUGCCUUAAGGGAUCACCAUAUUGCAUGUAAAGAAACACACACAAAAAGUUUAAACUUCACGAAGUUAGAAUGUCUAUCUCUUAGAUGGUUGAAUCACACGGCAAUUCUUAUGCAUAGAAUCCCUUCCAUGUGUUGCCAGUUUUUAAUGAACGUUAAGCUGUUCUGACUGUGAAUUAUUAGACGUAGCAUCCUGUUACCUGCCUCUCAACUCCAGCAGCAUCUGGUCUGAUCUCUGUACUGCAUCAGCUGGAGUUGAUCAGAGAGCAUGCUUUUGGAGACCAUAAAACGGAGGCAGGUUAUUGUGGAAAUGUUUUACAUUUCACUUGUUUCGUAAAUAAGGUUUUAUCCCACGUUUCGUGUGCACAAAUCUGGUUUGUAAAUUGUGGAAAUUAAAGUAAUGCAAUCACUUUCACAUCAACUAACAAACAGACAAAUCUCAAAGCCAUUUUUGUAAAUAUCACACGAUCCGUUUUUGUCAACCUCUAGGGGUAUUUUAACCUCUUGUACUACACAAAAUCUAAAUCGUAUCCCAAUUUACUUGAACAUGCAGAACAUGUCUCAUUAGCAAGAAAAGCAGCAAUAUUGUAUUUAUUUACCUAGAGCAUAGUAUGCAUCCAAUUUUUAGAUAGUGAAGUGCUUUAUGCACUUAUUGCAACACCGAUUGCAUUCUUACACAGGUUUUUGUAUAUACAUUAAGAACUUUAAUUAAUUACAUCCCUAUAAAUAAUAGCAGGUGCGUCACUAUUUUAAACAAUGGCAUGGGUGUAACUUUUCACAAGAAAUCACUUUUGAUAAUGUACUGUACGAUACAAACACAGGAAUAUGGAGCUGUUGUCAAAUGUGGUAAUUGACAUUUAUUUCGUACAUUUUGAAACUUUCAUGUUUAAACUUCCAUUGCUUCACCCCCAACUUGGACGUUCACAUUUCUGCAAUUGAACACCGAUUACUGAUACAAUAUGCCUGCUUGGUCUGACAUUUGUACGGUGAAUAAAUGAACGUUCACAGGU